GGGCUAGGCUGGGCUGUGUACGCCGAGUCUCGCUGCGCCGCCGGGGGAAGCGCCAGCCGCCGGCAGUAAGUGCCUGGGUGCAAAGACAGCGCUGCUAACGCCCCGGAAAAAUGCAGUCGCCGCCUGUCGGAGCGAGCCCCCAGCACGCCAAGAAGAAGGGUAUUCUAGAACGUCUAGAUGCUGGAGAAAUUGUGAUUGGAGAUGGAGGAUUUGUGAUAGCUCUUGAAAAGAGAGGUUAUGUAAAAGCUGGACCCUGGACUCCAGAAGCUGCAGUAGAACACCCAGAAGCAGUUCGUCAACUUCAUCGGGAAUUCCUCAGAGCUGGAUCAAAUGUUUUACAGACAUUCACCUUUUAUGCCAGUGAAGAUAAAUUAGAGAAUAGGGGCAACUACGUAGCUGAGAAAAUAUCUAGCCAGGCAGUGAAUGAAGCUGCUUGUGACAUUGCAAAGGAAGUGGCUAAAGGAGGAGAUGCUUUGGUAGCUGGAGGAGUCAGUCAGACACCAUCAUACCUGAGUGGCAGGGAUGAAGCUGAGGUUAAAGCAAUUUUUCGAAAGCAGCUGGAUGUCUUUGCCAAAAAGAAUGUGGACUUCUUAAUUGCGGAGUAUUUUGAACAUGUUGAAGAAGCUGCAUGGGCUGUUGAAACCUUAAAAGAAUCUGGGAAGCCAAUCGCAGCUACCAUGUGCAUUGGUCCAGAGGGAGACUUGCAUGGUGUACCACCUGGAGAAUGUGCUGUCCAACUGGUAAAGGCUGGUGCUUCUAUUGUUGGAGUGAACUGCCAUUUUGAUCCAGAGACUUGCCUGAGAACUGUGAAGCUCAUGAAAGAGGGCUUGGAGGCUGCUAAACUGAAAGCACACCUGAUGUCUCAGCCACUUGCUUUCCAUACCCCUGACUGUGGGAAGCAGGGCUUUAUUGAUCUUCCAGAAUUUCCUUUUGCUCUGGAGCCAAGAAUUGUCACCAGAUGGGACGUUCAAAAAUAUGCGAGAGAGGCCUAUAACCUAGGGAUUCGAUACAUUGGAGGCUGCUGUGGAUUUGAGCCUUAUCACAUCAGAGCAAUAGCUGAGGAGCUGGCCCCUGAAAGAGGAUUUUUGCCACUGGCUUCUGAGAAACAUGGUAGCUGGGGUAGUGAUUUGAGCAUGCAUACCAAACCUUGGGUCAGAGCAAGGGCAAGAAAAGAGUACUGGGAGAAUCUGUUCCCUGCUUCAGGCAGGCCAUACUGUCCUUCAAUGUCAAAACCAGAUAACUGGGGAGUGACUAAAGGAGCUGCAGAGCUGAUGCAGCAGAAAGAAGCAACAACUGAACAACAGCUGAAGGAGCUCUUUAAGAAACAGAAGUUCAAAUCCAAUAUAGUGGCUUAAGUAUUAGCCUGAAAUAUGUAUGGAGAAUUUCCAAAUGUGCUUGCGUCAUAUGAAAUCACUUGUGAAGACAAAUGUCCAUGUAUCAGUUUACAUGUAAUGGAAGAAGCAAAAUGGAGACAGAAUUUGAUUGCAAAUGAGGUAUCAAAUCUUGAGAAUAAAACACAUUUCUAUAAGACCACUUUAGAAAAUCAUUUAACACAAGGUAGGGAAGGCUGAUGUAUUAAUAAUUAAGCUACCAUUAGGGUUUGCUUAGUGCUGUUAUUUGGUAAUAUGAUGAUGUAAAAGGAGUACAGUGCUAAUUGAAUGUUCAGAGAACAAAAAUUAUAAGCAAUUUUUUUUUACUCCAGUCUCCCAAAAUUAAAAUGUCAUAAACUGCAAUAGGCAGAAGUAGUAAUUGUAUUAACCCAGCAUGCCUAAAACCAUAUGAACCAAGAGCUUUUUAAAAAAAUUACUAUGAAGGGAUAACAUACCUCCAGUAAGCCAUGAUUAAAAUUUUCAAAAGUGCCCUGAUUUGGGGUGCCUAGCCUAAAAUCCCAGAAUUAUCUCAAGCUUGGUGGCACUCAAACUGAAGCUCCCCCCAGUAGAUGACACUUCUGAAAAUUUCCUAUGUUUGGGGGGAGUAAAACACCUCCAUGGAAUGUUUUUACAAUAUGACUCUCAAGUAGAGAGAUUCCCCAAAUAGAAAACUCAAGGGGCAGGAACAUUUGGAUAAACCUAGUUAGAAAUUGGGUUCUGCAGUCCCCCCCAAAAAUUAAACCAGAUUUCUCUCUGGAUUCCAAAUCCAAGCAGUAUUGUUUUGGAAAUGUGGGAGGAGCCUGUACAGCUGCUUUGAAACCCUCUGUACCAAAACAAAUGAGGUUGAAGCCAAAGCCUCUCCUCUGAAUGACCUUUGAGCAACAGGCAACAGGCCCAGCAGACCAUAGGAGUGAGAGUGGCAAUCAGAGCCAUUUAGAAAUGGACUUCUUGGUCAUGUAGCAAAGCUCUAUGCGUUAAUGUCAGAAGGAACAAAGCUCUGUGGAACCUUUAGACCACUCCAUAUUUAAAAAAAAAAAAAGAAA